CACAAACUGAAACCCUAUCUUCCUCAUUGCUGCCGAAUCUCCUUCCACUCCGGCCAUAGUAAUAGGCUUCGUCGGAGUACCAGCUUCCUCACCUGGAUUCCAUUCAAAUCUAGGAAUAUGAAAACUGCUUCGUCCUCCCCGUCACGCUCUUUCCCCCUCCUAUCACUCACUCUAUGUACUUUUUUUUCUCUCUUUAUUUCAAUUUUUCAUCAGUACUGGGCGAUGUUGGGUCCUGUUUUGCGUCUUUGAUAAUCGAAAACGAAGCUACCUCCAAACCACUGUACUGGAAAGUUACCAACCCCACUCUAUCACCUUCUUAUCUCCAAGAUUUCGAUCGCGAGGACUUGUAAUUGCCUAUAUUCUCUGUUGCAGCAGCGACAACGCGAUAUUGAAUUUAGAGAGUCUGCAAAUGAACAACGACAAAGAUUACUAUCAGAUAUAUCAAGACUAGAGGCAAAAGUUUAGAGGCUUGAGUCACAGUUGCAAACUAAAGAUAGAGAAAUAGCAACAAUUACGAGAACGGAAGCCAAAAAUACAACAGCUUUUAAGGCGCAAAUUGAGAAGCUACAACAGGAAAGGGAUGAGUUUCAGAGGAUGGUGAUUGGUAAUCAGCAAGUGAGAACCCAAUAGAUACAUGAAAUGAAGAAAAAAGAGAAGGAGUACAUAAAGUUGCAGGAGAGGCUUAACCAAGUUCUGAUGGAGAAGAAGAAGGAAUCAAGAUCAGGAAUGGAGAUAAUGAACUUGCUUCAGAAAGAAGGGCGGCAACGUGGGACUUGGAAUGGGAAGAAGGACUUAGGUUCCAGGUGUUGUUUUCACUCAAGGACCAAUUUUAGCUGUGCUAAUUUUUUCGGAAUCUAAGGGUGAGAUUUAUGUUGUUCUUAUUGAACAGGUAGAGUUACUUUUUAUUGGUCUUACCUAUUAUGUCAUGCUUGAAUUCUUUGGCAUUUGAUCUAAUAUGUUACAAAUGAGCAGAGGGUUGAAUUGUUGACCUAUUUUCUACUGAUACUCACCCAUAAAUGAUUAGAUUUCAUUUUUGUCUAAGACUAGAGUCCCAACUGGGCGGAUUGUUCUAGAAUUGCCUGUUGGAAUGUUGGAUGAUGACCAAGGUGAUUUUGUUGGCACGGUAGUUUGUGAGGUUUCUUUCUCUCUCUAUCUAAUGCUUUUAGAGAAACACACUAAAUAGAUUCAUACUUCAAUGCAUAGAUAAACACUUCUUAAUUUGCACCAUUAGCUAUAUUUUUAUACCAUUGGCAUAAAAAAAAAAGAGUUCAAGGAGUUUUCUUGAUAUAUUUAUAAGGAAUUAUUUAAUAAGGAGACAGAAUUAGGAGUAUUGGUUUACUGUAUUUAUUGUAUUUACUGUAUGUGGUUUUGAACAUCGAGUUGUUUUCAAGGAGUGCAAUGCAUUCAUCAAGUUACUUAUUUUUAGUGUUUAUGUUGAAUCUUUAUGAUCCACAAGCAUAUUUGCAAUAAGAUGAAUAAUUUAUUAUCUUCUUUUCUAAUAUCUCAAUUCCCAUUCUUCAAAUUUGAGCAUGAAAACUGAAAAUAAAACGGUUGGUGCCUCAAUUGAAGCGUCUGUGUAUUACUUAAUGAGAACGAACUAUUCCUUUUGUCCUUUUUAUUUUUACCAUUUUGGUGGUUCCUUUGAAGUGGUGCUUUCUCACAGCAACUUAGACUUUGAAAAGUUUGUGGUGUCCUAGAUGCCUUAAUUCAUCUGUGCCUUUUCAUAUAGAGUUGCUGUCAUUUAUAUAUAUAUAUAUAUAAAAGAAUAAAAAGCCUCUGUUAAA